UCCUCAUAAAGAAGGCCCAAGAAAAUGUUCGAAGGGGGAAAAUGCAUAGUAAUUUGGCGCCAUUUUUCGUAUAUACUCUCCGAAGCCCCCAUUUCUCCCACCUCCCCCAUCGGUGCUUCCUCCCUCAUUCAUUCAUUCCUCUCCACCAAACCCUAACUCGCACCUCCAUUUUCAAUCCUUCAAUGGCUUCAACUCCAAAGAAGUCUCGUCAAUCACCCUCAAAAUCCAAGCUCCGUUCACCAAUUGCAGCGCCCGUUACUCCACACUCGUUACCUACACGCAGAUCCACGCGCUUAAGCUCUCUCCUCACCGAUUCUCCUAAAACUCCCAAUCUAGUUGAUGCAUUCAACGAAACUCCCAAGAGAAGGAGAAGAAUUGGUGAGAAAACUGAGCCUGUGGCGAAAUCGAGGCUCGAUUUCUCUCAUAAAGAUAAAGUUUCAACUCGAAAUAGUUCAAUUAAGGUAGAAAAUGAAAAAGAUUCUGCUCAAUUUUUGAAGACGAGAAGCAAGAAGAGUGAAUCUGAUGAAAUUCCGUUUGCUCCACAAUCGCCGGAGCAAUCGAAAUCUGUAAAGAGGAAGAGGAAAGAGGAGGGUGAGAAAACGAUUGAACUGUCGAAGAAGAGAAAUGGGAAGGAUGAAUUGUUUGCUCCAACGUCGCCGGAUCAAUCGGAAACUAAGAAGAGAAAGAGAAAGAAUGAGGUUGAGAAAACGGUUGUUACUCGAGCUAAAGCUGCGAGAAAAGAGGGCAAAAUUGCGAAGGUGCAGUAUUAUAAAAAAGUUGUUUAUGAUGGUGGUGAAUUUGAAGUUGGGGAUGAUGUUUAUGUGAAAAGGAGAGAAGAUGCUACUUCUGAUGAGGAAGAUCCUGAAAUGGAGGAUUGUAAGUUAUGUUUUAGUUCUGGGGAUGAAAUCAUGAUUGAGUGUGAUAGUUGUUUGGGUGGGUUUCAUUUGAAAUGCUUGACGCCGCCGUUGAAGGAUGUUCCUGAAGGGGAUUGGAUUUGUGAGAUCUGCGAGGGUCGUAAGAUGGGUAAAGAUGUUGAUUUCCCAAAGCCUCCGGAAGGUAAGAAGCUUGUUAGGACAAUGCGUCAGAAGCUUCAUUCAAGCGAUUUGUGGGCUGCUCGAAUUGAGAGUAUAUGGAAGGAAGUGGAUGGCUGCUAUUGGUGUCGGGUACGGUGGUAUAUGAUUCCAGAAGAGACUUCUGUUGGGCGACAGCCACAUAAUUUGAGCAGAGAGUUAUAUCGGACCAAUGAUUUUGCAAAAAUUGAGAUGGAAUCGGUUCUCAGACAUUGUUUUGUCAUGACCCCUAAGGAGUAUGCCAAAGCUAGUAAUGAGGGAGAUGAUGUUUUCUUGUGCGAAUAUGAAUAUGACAUCCGUUGGCACAGUUUCAAACGCCUGGCUGAUAUUGAUGAUGAAAGAGAGAAUUCUGAUGAGGGUGACAGUGACGAAGACUGGAAUGCAGGCAAGGAAUCAGACUCUGAUACAGAUGAAGAUGUUGACUAUGAAGAGGAAAAUAUUAAAAUUGCACAAUCUCAACCACCAACAAGCCAUCAGUUAGCUGCAAAUCUGCACAAGGGACGGUUCUCUGGACUUCAGAAGAUAGGCACAAAAAGAAUUCCAGAGCAUAUAAGGUCUCACAAACAGACUAAUCUUGAAAGAGCAAAGGCAUCACUGUUAUUAGCUUCGCUGCCUAAAUCUUUACCUUGUAGAAAUAAAGAAAUGGACGAGAUAACUACAUUCAUUAAAGGUGCUAUUUCUGACAAUCAAUGUCUGGGUCGUUGCCUCUAUAUUCAUGGUGUUCCGGGAACUGGCAAGACAAUGAGUGUACUCUCAGUGAUGAGGAGUUUGAGGUCAGAAGUUGAUGCAGGAAACAUCAAGCCGUACUGUUUUGUAGAGAUUAAUGGUCUGAAGUUGGCUUCGCCAGAGAAUAUUUAUAAGGUCAUAUAUGAGGCAUUAAAUGGUCACAGAGUCGGAUGGAAAGAGGCUCUCCGUUUGCUGAAUGAGAGGUUUGUAGAAGGGAAGAAAACUGGAGGAGAGGCUGACCGACCAUGUAUUUUGCUCAUUGAUGAACUUGAUCUUCUUGUAACCAGAAACCAGUCGGUUCUGUACAAUAUCCUUGACUGGCCUACCAAGCCACAUUCCAAGCUGAUUGUGAUAGGAAUAGCAAAUACAAUGGAUCUUCCAGAGAAGUUACUUCCUCGUAUAUCAAGCCGAAUGGGCAUCCAGAGGCUCUGCUUUGCCCCAUAUAAUUAUCAGCAGCUUCAAGAAAUCAUUUCGAGUCGCCUCAAUGGAAUUGAUAUAUUUGAAAAACAGGCUAUGGAAUUUGCUUCAAGAAAGGUUGCAGCUAUCUCUGGAGAUGCACGCCGUGCUUUGGAAAUAUGCAGACGUGCAGCUGAAAUUGCAGAUUAUCGCAUGAAGAAGCUAGCUUUAAAUCCUGAUAAUGUUGCUGCAGGAAAGGGACUUGUUUGCAUGGCAGACGUUGAAGCAGCCAUUCAAGAAAUGUUCCAAGCACCUCAUAUUCAAGUGAUGAAAAACUGUUCCAGACUUAGCAAAAUUUUCCUGACAGCUAUGGUGCACGAGCUUUACAAAACAGGAAUGGGGGAAACCACUUUUGAAAAGUUGGCAACGACGGUUUCAUGUAUCUGUACCAGCAACGGAGAAGUGUUUCCUGGAUAUGAUAUCCUCCUGCAAGUUGGCUGUAAGCUGGGUGAAUGUAGGAUCAUUUUGUGUGAAGCAGGUGCCAAGCACAGGUUGCAAAAGUUGCAGCUAAAUUUCCCGAGUGAUGAUGUAACCUUUUCACUGAGAGACUGCAAAGAUCUACCUUGGUUGUCCAAAUAUUUAAUGUAGGAAUGAAAUUUUGAUUCUGUUCUUAAAGAACAUUUUUUUUCCAAUAACUUUUGUUCAAUUUUUUGUAUUACUUACAUAAUUGUCGUCAUCUCCGGUCCUUUUAAGUAUACAAGUGUCAGUAAUCACUGUUGUAUGUUGGACCCUGGGCGGUCUAUUUAUGUAUUACACCCUGUAUUAAGCAUUGUAUUACCUGAUGCAGCCCACAUAAGGGGCGCAUCUCAGCCACACUAUUAAGACACUUGUAUCUUUGUCAUAUCAGAACUAAUAAUACAUUUUAUUCUUUCAA